GGCUCAGUGCAACUCUCUCCGCUAGGAGAGCAACUUUCGCCCUGGAGAUCUGCCAUAUCUGCUGCGGUUUGAUACUUUCAUUCACACCAGUCGGCUGCAGUGGGAGAUGAACCGCUGGAGAAUAACAUCUGUCACGGAACAGUUGCUCUCCUUCAGGGUUUGACUCCAGUUUUAAGGAUAUUUUUUUUCAAACCGAUGAGCUACUAGAACACUCCCUCAGCUCUGACAGACCGCGCGAAAAUGUCGUUACUUCCUGUGCAGAGAAGUCUUGGCGCGACAUUACAGUUGUAAACAACAGGAGGACACAAAACAGUACGCCGACAAUGGUGAACAAAAGAGGUCCUGCUAGACCACUGUUAUAAUGCUAACAGCUAAGUGAUCAGGCUCCACUAGAGAGAACCUUACUGCAUUUACAGGAUCUUCUAAGGUAACUGCAUCAAGGAGAUACUUGGAAUAAUGGAGGACAAUGACAUCAACGAUGCAUCUGGCCUCUUGGUACCGGAUGUCAAUGAAGAUUCUGUGGAUAUCUACGAUGGCCUGGAUAUCGGUUCUAGCAGCAAUGCAGAGAAAUCACCUACAAAUGCUUCUGAGCUGAAAGAGUCAAUGGAUCUAUAUGAAGAAAUUGUUACAGAGGAACAGCAGAGCAGAGAGUCAUUGUUCUCUGAGUUGAAGUCCAGAUUCCAAGCAGCCCAAAACCAAAUCAAAGAGCUGCGCAGAAGACUGGAACAGAUGGAGUUGCAGAAUACAGGAUUGAACAGUGAGAACUGCCGCCUCAAAAAGAACAUCUCUGCACUGUUGAGAACAGCUAGACAGGAGGUGUCACGGAAAGAUGCUGAGAUUCAGAGAUUGAACCAAUGGUCAGAGAAAGGACGCCUUCAUCAUCAACCUCACAAUAAUCAUCAGCGUGAUCAAAAUUCCUUCAGUCGUACCUCCACCGGCAGCUCGAAGAGUAAGCCACCUCCUCCACCAUCCUCAAGUCCUCCACCUCCUCCACCAUCCAGUCCGCCUCCCCCUCUUCCACCUCUACCAGCUUCACCUACCAGGGAUGAUCAUCCUCCACACAAACCUCCUCAGUCUUCCAGGAAGGACAGCGAUAGUUCCACCUAUCUGCCCGCUGGAUCUUGUAAGACAAGAGUUUCAAAAGAAUCUUCAUACAGUUAUUCAAAAAGUUCCUCAAGAGGAGAGUGUGAUGUACCUGACAAACAGACUGAGCACUCUAUCAUCAAGUCCACCAACUCUUCAUCGACCCGACAUAGUGAGUCAUACAAACACAAGUCCAAGCACAGAGAGGAAAAAUGUCCAAAUCAAAAGCUAUCUGGUUCAAUGGAUAGGAGACAAAGAACUGGUUCAGAUCCCAACAAGGAAGGAUAUGCCCCUGAGAAAAACAGGUCCCACAAAGCAGACAGAGACACAGGACGAAGAUCAGACUCCAGAUCUUGUAAAAGCAAGGACACCCUAAAUGUUGAGGGGCACCACAGAUCAGAGCGGGCGAAAAGCCCUCCACCAGAGACUAUAGGUUCCUCUGACAACAAGAAUGGGAGAGGUCGAGAGAUGAGAGAAGACAGAGCCAAAAUGUCCACAUCAGACUCUAAACAUGGUGCAGCUCACAGCUCUAAAGAGGGCUACCACCGAGAUCAUAGAAAAAUCAAGACUAGUGAUGGACAUAUCAGAAGUUCAGACUCAAAGAAGCCUUCUUCCAACCAACAUGCUGACUACUACAAAGAGAGGGAAGGGGACAGAUUGCCAAGGGAUUCUCAAAAGAAAGAUGAUGUGCAGCGUCAAGAGGAAAGCAGAAAGCACAAGAGGAGCAGUCUGUUAGAGACAAGCAAGGAACGUGAGAAACAGAGGUCAAAAGAAUCACUUAAUCUUAAAGUAGUUGUAUGUAGUAAGGAAAGAAAAGAAAAAACACGAGAGGCCUUAAAAAGAUCAUCUGAAGAACCUAAUGGUACAGAGAAGCGCUCUGUGGAAGAAAAUAGUCCAAACAGGAAGCUGUGUUUCAUGGAAACACUGAAUCUAACCCUUUCACCAAUUAAGAAACCAGUGUUGCCCAUCGAUGCCAGCCAGGAUAACCUCACAUCUGUGGACGAGGUCACAGAAAAUAGAAUGGAUGAUGAGAGCUCACAACCUAACAUUGAAGACAUGUGCGUGAUCGAUGAAGUAAACAGCAGUGAAUUACAAGCAGAGUCAGAAGAUGUUGCAGAACAAUCUGCAGAUAUUGCCAAAACUCCAGGAUCUGAAAAGACAAAUAAUGGGUGUGAUGGCAUGAAAGAUGUCCUUGAAAAAGACAAAAAACACGGUGAAACUCCUGCUGCUGCUAACAAGCAACUUGAAGACAAAACUACCUCAGCUUUAGAUACCCCAGAGAAUGUACAUGUAACAGAAAAAUCACCAGAGAUGAGUUCUGCAAAAUCAUUUUCAAAAAAUUACAUGGACAAAACCGAGCUGGCCUUACACAGCCAGGUGGAUGAAUGUGGAGCAAUGGAGGCUACAGAUGGUGUCAGUGACAAAUCUGGAAGCAUUAACAAACGAUGCACAAACAAUUCUUUACAAAAAGUAAACCCUGGAAAUAAAUCUGAUCAGUCUGUUCCAGUGUCCAAACCUGUUGUGCUUGAUUCAAGUGUAGUGCUGAAGUGUAGAACUUCUAAACCUGCCGUACAGAAAGGCUUCCCAGCGGAUUCAGUCAAAGAAAGUUUAGCUGCUUCACCCUCAAGGGGAAGUCCUGCAGCUGAAGGUGUUCCUGAUGAGGCCAGUCAACAAAAUCAGUCAAACACUACCCUACCUCAAGACUGUCAGCAAGGACUUUGUCCUCGGGCUUCUAGUUCCAUUCAUGAGAAAGAUGCUUGUGGAAUGUUAGAUGGUCCUAAAGAUGCAGAUGCUGUAUCCAGUACAAUAAGCCUGGAAUCACUUCCACAAGAAGGGUUGAGUCUUCCUGAGGCCAUUUUCAUUUUAACACAGACCAGUGAAAACGCCAAUGAUAGCAUCACAACUGAGCCAAGUUCUUCCACUGGCUGUAUCGCAGUGUCCAAAGUCAGCAGUACUACAGAGGAGUCGACACUGCCAGAGAAGUAUAGGGAUCUCACACCAAAGAAGAACUUCAGUCCUGGAAAGAGAGAGAUUAACUUUGAGCCUUCCAGUUCUAUGCCAUUAGUUCAUGAUGAGGACUCAAUGAUGCGCACACUGAGCAAUUUGAAGAAGAUCCCUGAUGCCAUAAGCCCUCUGAGGAGCCCAAUACGGAUGGUGAAGAGAAGUCAUCUCCAUAUUCAUGGCAAGCCAGGUCAUGUCAAGAGCCUUCAGAAAGAAUUUUCAUGCAGCACAGCUGAUGAUUCUAACUCAAAGACACUGGAUGUCAACAAAGAAAACAAAUAUCCAGGUUCCCCAGCAAACCAUGAAGCACAAAACUUGGUGGACAAGAUAUCUGACAUGCCUUCAGGUCUCUCUGACACUGAACUGGAGGAAGGGGAAAUUUUAAGUGAAAGUGAUGAGACAGCUGCAGAUUCUCCCAUUCCUGCAACCAAGAAGACGAAGUUGACACAACCGGUUGGAAAUAAACCAAGUCCAAGGCCUGUGUUAAAAAGGACAUCUAAAGAAAGGUGUGUUACAUCAAAAGAAACGAAUGAAAUACCGAGUGUAUCGACACGAAGUCCAAAGAGUCGUUUUAAAACAGUUUGUCCUGCAGCAACCAAAGCUGCUUUUUCCACCAUAGAGGACGUAAUGGAGACAUUCAAGUUGGUUCGUGCUGAGAUCAGAAAGAAGUACAUGAAGCUUCAUAAAACCUUUCCCAAGAAGAGCUUCUAUGGUGUGAUGGACAAUUUCCAGGAGUCUUUUUUAGAAUUUGUGGAUGGUGCUCAUUUUGGUCAAAUAUGCAGACAGGAAGGGGAGCUGAAAUCCAAUCUGAAGAAAUUGAUUGCAUCUGUGUUUAGCAAGGUAUCAAAUAACGGUAUUGUGAAACGCAUCUUUGAACAGCAAGCAGCUGAUCUGAAGCAAAAGUUAUGGGACUUUGUAGAUGAUCAAGUUGAUUACUUGUUCAGGGAGGUUUAUAAAACGCUCAAGGGCCUUUGCAAACCAACAAGAGCUCAGGCUGAAGACCGUAUUACCAGUGGAUCUGAGAAAGGAUCUAGACAGCCUCCUGCAAAGAAACCUCAAUGUCAACAAAAGGAAGCCCAUUCAGCUCCUACCAACCUGAAUAGGAUCAAGCCUUGCACUCUGGCGCCAUACAAAAAAGGCCUUGGGAGCAGAGGCAAAGAUAUAAGAAUCACACAUGUCAGUAAGGACAGGAAUGUUGACCUGCACUCAGCAAAUUGCCCAAAUACACAAACUUUGGUGGACUUCCCUACUCCUAAAACUGUUCUUUCAACUCCAGAGAAAAAUAACAUAUCUUCUCUGGUUGUCCCUCAAAAUAGCUCUUUGCUUGACAAAACUGACUUUGAGCUGCUCACAGAACAGCAAGCCUCCAGUUUAACAUUUAACCUGGUGAGAGACACACAGAUGGGAGAAAUCUUCAAGUGUCUCCUGCAAGGAUCUGACUUGCUGGAAAACAGUGGCAUAACUGGAGACAACACCGCCUGGUCUCUUGGUACACCAAGGAAGGAUGGAGAGAGACUCAUCAGCAUCACUACUCCAACUAAAUUUGACUCGCCAUCUAAACUGCUUUCCCCAUCUAAAUUUGAAACACCCUCCAAACUUAUUGCAACGUGGUCAAGCAUUUCACCUCGCAAGAUGUCAUCUCCACUAUCCAAAGAUCAGCUCCCACUGAAUCCAGCUUUGUUUGACGAAAGUUGCUUGUUGGAAGUGCCGUCAGAGAACAGAGCAAUGCUGCAGUCGAGCUUGGCUCCACAGAGGUCAUACUCCAUCCUAGCUGAAGAUCUGGCAGUCUCCCUCACCAUUCCAUCACCUCUCAAGUCAGACAGCCAUCUUAGCUUCCUACAGCCAUCGAGCAUGCACAUCAUGUCCACUCCAGACAGCGUCAUCAGCGCUCACAUAAGUGAGGAUGCUCUGCUGGACGAGGAAGACGCUUCAGAACAGGAAAUUCACCUGGCCCUCGACACUGACAAUUCCAGCUGCUGCUCCAGCAGCAGUGUCGCCUCGGAACAACUUGCCACUCCCUUCAUGUUCAAGCCUGACUUACCCAUGCAGGCACUAGUGAUGGAGAAGUCCAACGAUCAUUUCAUCGUAAAAAUUCGUCAGGCAGCCACAGACACCACGCUCACUGCUGAUGACAACUUAAGUCAAACACUAACAGAUGAAGAUCAGCUUAGAGAAGAUGGCAUUGCAACGCAUGAAAGUCAAGAAAAAGCUGUUUUGUCUGACAAAUUACUGAGCAGUACCCCUACAAAUGCAGAACCAUCAGAGAGCAACCUUGUUGAAAGGUCUUGGACCUGUCGGACCACCAACGGUACAGAUACCCAUCCCACUGAAGAUGCAAGCUCAAGAUUACAUGAAGAUUCACCCAACAAAAUAGAAAAGUCAACUCAACAGAAUACCUCAAAACUGCCAGAGUCUACUCCUUUAGAUAAUAGUUUGCGCAACAGUGCCGAAAGCUCUGAUCCAUCCAGCAGAGACAGUUUCACAGUCACUGCUGAUGACAGCUUAAGUCAAACACUGUGCAGAGAAGAAGACAUACCAGCUCAACAAAGUCCUUUAAAAGCUAAUUUCUCUGAGUCUUAUAACAGUCCACAUCACCCUGCUGAAAGCUCUCCAACAAAUCAAAGGGUCCAAGUGCUGGCGUCACAUGUUUCAGACUCCAAGAGAGGUAUAAUGGAGGUUUCAGACUCAGACACAACUUUCACCACUGCAAAGAGAGACAUAAGCAGCACACCACAGAAUGACCAAAGGGAUCUACUCAAACGUAAACGGAAGAAACACCAAGAGAAAUCAAAAACCAAGCGCUACAGAAAAGAUGAAGAGAGUUCCGAAGGAAUGAUGUCGAAUUGUAAGGAUGAUAGUGAAUCCAAAUCCUGUCCGGCAUCACUGUCCCCAAACAGUCUCUAUGCCAAGAAUGUCAUCAGGAAGAAGGGCGAGGUGGUGAUGUCAUGGACCAGAGAGGAUGAUCGAGUUAUUCUGGUCGCCUUGCAGACAGAAGGUGCUUCACGUGAGACUUUCUCUGCCUUGUCAGAGAAACUUAGUAAGCCAUCUGAGCAGAUCGCUCACAGAUUCUACCAGCUCAUGAAGAUCUUUAAGAAGAUGGACAGUUGAUUGUUUAGACUGUGUGCUUUGUUUUCUGCAAAUAGUUCUUGAAUUUGAACAUUUCCACAAACACACCUGCUGCACCAACAUACUUAUGUAGGCUACUGUUGAUAUGAUAUGGUGCAUGAAUAUGUGACCGCAGGGUGGAUAAGUCAGUAGAAGUCGCUGUGGGUCGCAGAUUGAUCUCCACACGGGCUGCCCUUUUCAUCAAGAUCUGGAGAAGUUUUAACCAAGGAAUCCAAGAAAUCCAUUCACUGUGAAGGUAUUUGUUCUGGGUAUUGAACUACCUGUUCAUACCGUUCAAAAAUAAUUCAAAGUGAAAAAUAAGAAUGUAACAAUAAUGACUCAAGACAGAUACAACUGACAAGAUGAAAGGGUGAAAUGCAAAGUAAAAUACAGUUAAUAUCAGCGUUGAUGUUUUGGAUGCACUUUUUGGUUUUUAAGAAUCCACACUGCUAUCAUUACAUGGUUCUGGAUAUUUUGUUUUUUCUGAUGUCUGGCCCUUGCAUAUGAGGCAUAUUACAUUGUCCUCAGUGCAGCAUCUAAACACGCCUUCAUUUCUUGGCCUUUGCAGAAAUUAUUCUUUGCAAAAGUGUUAGUCUCAGCAAGUCCUGAUGCUCUCUAAACUGAAUUGGUAAUACACGGUUCCAGUGCGAGUAUGCUCAAAUUCUCCUUAAAGAAGUGAUUUUUGGUUUUUAAUGAGUGGAUGCUCCAUGGAAACAACUUGAAGCAUCAUCCAUCGUUAGAUUUUGAGCUGUGAGACUAAUCAGCUCGGCCAUUUUAUUAUAAUUUUCAAUGUGUUAUAUUGGGUAUAUUUUAGUGGAUGUAUUUGUGAUUAGUGUGGUGGGGGAGUGCUUGAUAUUUUUGAAGGUUGAUCAUAUGUUUACAUGUCCAAGUAAUGUACAGGGCAGUACAUUUAUCUCUGUUAAUACAAAUGAAACAUUUUAUCUAUCAUUUCUUUUGACUCAUCCUAUUGCUUAUAAAGAGCAUGGACACAUUGUAAAUAUUGUGCCUAAUUCUUCACUGAAAAUAAAGUUUUAUUUAUUUAAGCUGG